UUUCCCGCGUCGCGCACGCGUUUCACGUCAUUCUUUUAAGUUACAACAUUCGAUACGUAAAAAAUUACGUGACUCCAUUUAAAGCCAUUUUAAUUCGAUGUGGAUAUAUACAAACUAAUAAAACCGACGUUAUAUAGAAUUGUUCGGUAACAGGUUGCAAUUAAAUUCGUUCGUGUGGACUUUUGUGUACUUGAACGACAAUAUAUUUUUUUCAAGUGUUUUUGAACUGAAAAGUGAAGGCUGUCGUUUACCAGUUUGGUAUCCCAAUGCGCAGACUUCACCUCACAGACAGACAUCUUCGAGUUAUGCUGUGGUGUAUCCUGUUAGGUCUGCAGCCAGCGUUUGGUGGAAUACUUGAUCCCUUCAACUGGGCAAGAUCAGAUAGAAUCGAAGUCAACAUACCAUGGCUACCAUUUGAAAAUGAAACAAGAUGCUAUGAUGAACUGGGUUGUCUCAACAUUACAAGGAGCUGGUAUCACCUGAUUCAUCGUCCCUUCAACGUGUUUCCGUUACCACGAGUUGUCAUCAAUACCAGGUUCAUUUUGUAUACAAAGAAGAACCCGACUGAUGGUCAACUACUGAACGUGAAUGUGAAUAAGACGAUAGUGAAAUCGAAUUUCGACCCUCAGAAACCUACGAAGAUGAUCGUACACGGAUUCAUCGAUACACCGCUUUCUAAUUGGGUCAGUGAAAUGAAAGACGAACUCGUAAAAGCUGGUGACUUUAACGUUGUUAUUGUGGACUGGGCGGGAGGGAGUCUACCGCUCUACACCCAGGCUACAGCAAACACAAGGCUUGUGGGUUUAGAAAUCGCUCAUUUUAUCAAUACUUUAGAGAAAGACCACGGAUUAAAUCCUCAAGAUGUCCACAUAAUAGGACACUCUUUAGGUGCUCACACGGCUGGUUAUGCUGGAGAACGUAUACAAGGCUUAGGAAGAAUAACGGGUCUCGAUCCAGCAGAACCUUACUUUCAAGGAAUGCCAACACACAUCAGGUUGGAUCCAACGGAUGCUCAAUUGGUCGAUGUCAUACAUACAGAUGGAAAGAGCAUUUUCCUUUUAGAUUUUGUGUUUAUGGCAGGAUACGGAAUGUCGCAGCCAGUGGGCCAUUUAGAUUUUUAUCCUAAUAACGGUAAAGAACAACCCGGCUGCGAUCUCACAGAGGGGCCACUGGUGCCGCUAACUCUAGUCAAGCAGGGCCUUGAGGAAGCUUCAAGGGUUUUAGUAGCCUGCAACCAUGUUAGAGCUAUAAAAUUGUUUACAGAAUCGAUAAAUGGAAAAUGUGCUUACAUAGGGCAUCAAUGCCCAUCGUACCAGCAUUUUUUGGCAGGAAAAUGCUUCCACUGUGGUCAUGGUUGCGCUGUUAUGGGUUUCCAUGCAGACAGUACUCCAGGAUUAAUAGCGAACAGGGACAAUUUGACAGAAAAUGAGGUAUACCCAUCUGAAGAACAUGAAACUAUUGGGGCUAAAUACUUUCUUAGUACGGGCAAAGAGCAACCGUUUUGCCAGAGACACUAUAGAGUGACCAUUCAACUAGCAAAUCCUAAAGGAGCUGAAUCUUGGGUCCAGGGGUUUUUGAAGGUAGCACUUUUAUCUGACCGUGGAGUAAUUAGGGGUAUGGACCUAACACCAAACAACUAUGUAAAGUUAGAACACGGCAGCACUUACACCAUUGUUGUUACGCAUCCAAUGGAUAUGGGCGGUAAAGUUAGGAAGGUGGAGUUAUCGUGGGAGUACGACAUGAAUGUACUAGAGCCGCGAUCCCUUUGCAUCCUGUGGUGUAAUGAUCGAUUAUAUGUCAAAUCUGUCAUUGUUGAUCAAAUGGAAUUACCAUCGAGAGGGAAAAGAAAUGUUGAUUUUAGUAGUAAAUUAUGUACACUAAAAAGAGAAUUCGCCGAGAUACCCAAUAGAGGUUCUGCAAGCUUCUAUGACAACUGCGGAAGGUAGCUACUAGGACUAGGAGCUCGUCUUCGUUUCUUAAAAUGGAACACAAAUAAGGACUUUUAUUUUUAUCAGUGAAUUAAUCUGAAUUCUCUUCGUUCAAGCACUACUUCUAAAGUAUUAGUGCAGUGAAAAGCUUUAAAGGAAAUGUGAUUUAAAAGAGAUGUGUCGUUUUAUCUUUCGUUAAAAAGCGGACAACUGAUUUUUUUGUGUUUGUGAUGCUGUUACAGAGUGACGAUUGUAAAUAGGAUCGCUUUAAGUUAUUGCAAUAUACUCAAAACUAUGUUCCCUUUUAUUUAAUAACGUCUGUCGUCUUAAUGUUUAUCAUCUGUUUAAAUUUAAAAUUAGUCUAUAAGUUUGUAUAUAAAACAUAAAUUAUGUUGUUGAUUGUUCUAUUCUAAAAGUGAUAUAAAACAAAUACUUCUAGUGAUUUUACUUUUUAAAUACCUAACUCUUACCCAAUCCCGUUCCGC